CUCAAUGUUAUCAACGGCUGCGCUUGGCCUAUCCAAAUUAAGUACACAUGAGCUCACGUAAACACCACCACAAGAAAUCAUCAAAUCUAUUCGUGAACAUUGAACACAAUUUUUUUCGAAAUGAAUAGUGAAUCUCGAUUUUUGAUAAGUUUUGGCUACUUGUAAUUUAAUAAUUCUAAUAAUAAUUGGCUCCAACUUAUUAAUUAAGGUUUGUCAACAACCCUCAAGAGUGGGUCCGCGCCCUGUACACCAUGAUGGAAAGUUUUCAAUUUUUUGGUAGAAAAGUUUGCAUCUUUGACGUCAUGGGCACCAUUUAAAAUCCUUAACAUACCGUUUGGUAUAAAUGAAUUCCAUAAAAUUUGAGGAAUUUAUUUUGAAAUGAAUUAUUUUUGUGUUUUGUAUUAAAAAGAAUUUAUUUUCAAUUCUAAAUUUUGAAUUCUAUGGAAUUGGAACUAGUUAUAGCAAUUCCGAGGAAUUGAGAUGGAAUUUCCAAAUGAAUUCCACAAGUAUUUACUAAUUAUAAUAGAAUGACAUGAUUAUCCUCUUUUAUUAACUAAAUUACAUAUACAUAUGAAACACCAAACAUAGGAAUUCAUUUGACAAUGAAUUCUACAUGACACUUCACUUUAUUUCUAAAGAUUUGAAUAUAACAUACCAAACACAAGAUUUCAUUUGACAAUGAAUUCUACAUUGUAAUUCAUUUUACAAUAAAAUGAAUUCUCGAUUCAUUUGGUACCAAACAAUCUGUAAGAGAAGAUCAAUCUCAUGAAAAAAAAAAUGUUUAUUCCUUUGUUAUUCUGCCCUCUAUUCUUGUUCAGAAGUCAUCAAUUGAUUCCAACUCCCAAGUCCCAAGCAAUCCAAAAUUUGACCCCUUCCUACUCCCAUAACCAUAACAACAAACAAACACAUGGGUUAGUGACUCAAGAAACAUGUUCCGAUUAAAAGUUGUGUCCAAUAUGAUUUCCGGAUCAACAUUUCGCCAAACAACAUGUUUGACGUGGAACGGCUUCAUUCUGGAGAUAUUUAUUUAUUAUCAUUACAGGAAGAUCGUCUUUCCUCCCAUCUUUGUCACUGAAUUACGGAGCAAGUUGCCGCCACCAAUCCAUACACUACUUACAAUUUGGUUGUCUUCUCCGUCGAUUCAGUCCUUUAUUUUAACUUCUCCCCACGGUACUGCUUUUCCAUCGAUCUUUCUCACAUGUUAUCUUGGCUUGUAAGCAAAUUUUCUUUUUUUCCUUUUCCUAAGAAAAACAAAAUGGGAAAGCUGGAAGAAAAUACAAACCCAAUGGAAUAUAUAAAUACCCUGAUAAUGGGGACCCGAGCCCUUGGAUAGUGCGCCUCACUUCAACCAAUUUCUUGCUUUGUAGAAAGCCCCAUCUGUUUCAAUUCAAAAAAAUGGCUAUCAUCUGGUACAGGGUAGGCUUUAUCUUGCUAAGCUUUGCAGUGCUAGUGGCGCACUCUGCUCCUCAAAAUGCUCUCGUGAGUCAGCUUCCCGGCUUCUCUGGCUCUUUCCCUUCCAAGCACUACUCCGGGUAUGUGACGAUCAAUGAAGCGACAGGGAAGAAAUUAUUCUACUAUUUGGUCGAAUCGGAAGGGAACCCAUCAAAGGAUCCUCUGGUUCUUUGGCUCAAUGGUGGCCCUGGAUGCUCCAGCUUCGAUGGAUUUGUGUAUGAACAUGGUCCUUUCAAUUUCGAAAAGACAAAGCAAGGUCUACCCAAGUUGCAUCUGAACCCAUACAGUUGGUCCAAGGUUUCAAGUGUUCUCUACGUAGACUCUCCAGCUGGUGUUGGACUUUCUUAUGCCGAUGACACAUCAGAAUACAUAACUGGUGAUCUAAAGACUGCAACAGACUCCCAAGACUUUGUCUUGAAGUGGUUUGAGCUAUACCCGGAAUUCCUUUCAAACCCUUUUUUCAUUGCUGGAGAGUCAUAUGCUGGAGUUUACGUCCCUACUCUUGCCAAUGAAGUUUCAAAAGGAAUUGAUGCUGGUGUGAAGCCUGUUAUCAAUCUGAAGGGUUAUAUGGUUGGAAAUGGAGUCACCGACGAAGCAUUUGAUGGCAAUGCACUUGUUCCGUUUGCUCAUGGGAUGGGCCUUAUCUCAGAUGAUCUUUAUCAGGAGACUACCCGAGAGUGCAAUGGAAAUUUCUAUAAUCCACUCGAGAGAUCUUGUGAGGAGAAACUGCAAGAAGUUGAUAGGGAAGUUGACGGUCUAAACAUAUACGACAUCCUAGAACCGUGCUAUCAUGACAGCACUGCUAAAGAUGCAACAGAUAUCAAAAUCAGACUGCCCUCCAGUUUCUUGGAAUUAGGUGCAACAGAACGGCCUCUCCCUGUCCGGACAAGGCUGUUUGGCCGUGCUUGGCCACUUCGAGCUAACGUUAGAGAAGGAAUUGUUCCAACUUGGCCAGAGCUCCUUAGUAGCAGUGACGUCCCUUGCACUGAUGAUGAAGUUGCUACUGAAUGGCUCAACAACGAAGCAGUUAGGGCAGCAAUCAAUGCUGAACCAAAAAAUGUAUCUGGGGAUUGGGAGCUGUGUACAAAUAGAAUCCGUUUCAGCCAUGACGCUGGCAGCAUGAUGAAAUACCACAGGAACCUGACGAUGAAAGGAUAUAGAGCACUCAUUUUCAGUGGGGAUCAUGAUAUGUGUGUUCCGUUCACUGGGAGUGAAGCAUGGACGAGAGCAAUGGGAUACAAGAUCGUCGACAAAUGGAGACCUUGGAUUUCAAAUGGAGAAGUUGCUGGGUACACUCAAGGAUAUGAGAACAACCUCACCUUCUUAACCAUCAAGGGCGCUGGUCAUACUGUUCCAGAAUACAAACCAACAGAAGCACUUAACUUCUACAGCCGGUUUCUUGCUGGAAAAGCAAUAUGAUACAAGAAAGAAAGAUCCGUAGAAAUGCUACUACGUUUAUGUUUAUGUUUAUGUUUAUGUGGGCUUACAUGUGGAUGUGCGGGAAGGCAAUAGAAGGCAGUCGGUUUGCUGCUUCUGAUUCUUUAGCCCCCUGUAUUUAAAACAGAACUUCACCAACUUCUCAAGAGAUUUCCUAUUUUCCUUUUGUAUUUUGGGUGCCCCGAACUCAAUUUAACUAGCACACAACUGACAUAAAUUAUAAAAUACAUAAACAUGAACUUGCACCUUAUGGAAAGACGCAACAAAACGUAGAUUUCCACGUGAAGAGGAAAUGCGGUGGGAGAGUGUUAUCUGAGUGACCGACCGACCGUCUAAUACUUAAAUAAGAUAUCAGAACAUAAACUUCCACCUAAUGAGAAGUAAGUUAGUCACAUGUUGCUAGUCAAACGGGGUUUAAAAAUGUGUUCUUACGCGAUAAAUUUGGUAACUUAAAAUGUAAGUACAUAAACUUGCUUAAAACCUAACUUGUAUAUGCUUGGGUUAAAACAUAAUCUUAUUAUAUAAUAUAUUUUUUUAUCGGAAACCUGUUAAUCUUAUUAUAUAAUAUUUUUUUUUGAUCGGAAACCUGUUAAUCUUAUUAUAUAAUACAAUGCCAUACUUACUAAACUUAAAGGACGGAAUAUAAAAUAGACCUAACAUUGAACAUAAAUAUAAAGCUUACCAAAUUGAUCCCGGUAUAAUUGCACAUAUUAUAACCUCAUUAUCUUGUGAUGGUUGUGGCAUUUGUGUCGCCCAAGGAGCAAAUUUAUAUUAGGUUUGUACAUGUUUUAGUAUGUUUCAGAUUUCAGCAGAUGGAAUUGGCUCCGGGAUCGAAAGUCGAACAAAAAAGGGCAAAUAUGGAGCAAAAAGGCAGAGAUCACGCGCAUGCGUCAGUUAUCACGGUUAGCCGACUGUGAAGAUGGAGCCCAGACCGUGACAAUGGACAACUGUUAGGAGAUUUCUUAUGGCUCGUGGGCAAGUCAGACAUCACGAUCACCAGACUGUGACAAUUUCAUCCGCCCGUGAAGUCUAUUUAUGAAACAGUGUGUUUCUAGUUGAGACCACGCGCAUGCCUUCGACAUCACGUGUGUGAUAAUUGACUGUGAAAACUGCCCGAUGGAGUAUAUAAAGAGCAGAGAGCUGAAACCUAAAUGAGAGUUCUAGACUGAUAUUUGGGUCUUCUUCUUCAAGUAGAGAGAGAAAGUGACGAGCUUAGAAGAGGAAGAAGAAGGUUUUGGCUUACCCAAGGCUAGAGGGUUGAAGAUUUCUUCUCCGAAGGGUGAUUCAAGCAACAAGAACGAAGGAUAAUCAUCUCACCAUGGAUUCUUCUUCCAUCCUUGUUGUAUUUCUCUUCCUAUCUAUGGAGUAGUCUCCAAAGGGUGAUUCAAUGCUUGAUUCUUAUAUCAUUGCUGCGAUAGACCAUCGAUUAUGACAUCGAUUAUGGCGCAAGCUCAAGUAGGAUGGCCUUACUGAAGGAUAGGGCAUCAUAACAGAUUAUGCAUAGAAGUAUCUCAUUGAUGAGUUAGUAUGCAUGAUCAUCUAGACAUCACUACUUAAACAUUACUUUCCCUAGCACUCAAUUGCAUUGUUAUUUCUUUCUUGCAUUAGUAGAUUAAGAGCUCGACAUACUAAGGGUACCUCAACCCAUCUUGUUUCAUCACUCGAGUAUAUUUUGUUAGGUUUGAGUAUUUACCAUCAAAAGACCUCGUGGAAUACAACCCUAGGAUGAUCGUGCAUGCAUUCUCAUUAAAAAGAUGUGUCUAUG